GCCAUGGUGCUGCCACAGGCCUGGCUGCAGCCCAGGUAUAAGAAGAACACCUACCUUUUUAUCUAUUAUUUGAUCCAGUUCUGCGGCCAUUCAUGGAUCUUUACGAAUAUGACAGCCAGAUUCUUUUCAUUUGGAAAAGAUUCCAUGGUGGACACUUUUUAUGCCAUUGGACUUGUGAUGCGGCUUUGCCAAUCCAUUUCCCUCCUGGAGCUGCUGCACAUUUAUGUUGGCAUCGAAUCAAGCCAUCUUCUCCCCAGGUUUCUGCAGCUCACAGAGAGGAUCAUCCUCCUCUUUGUGGUCAUCACCAGUCAAGAGGAAAUCCAAGGGAAAUACGUGGUGUGUGUCUUAUUCAUCUUCUGGAAUCUACUGGAUAUGGUUAGGUACACGUACAGCAUGCUCUCGGUCAUCGGGAUUUCCUAUGCUGCCCUGACGUGGCUCAGCCAGACGCUGUGGAUGCCGCUUUACCCGCUCUGUGUCCUCGCCGAAGCAUUUGCCAUCUAUCAGUCGCUGCCCUAUUUUGAAUCAUUUGGUACUUACUCCACCCAGCUGCCUUUUGAUUUAUCCAUCUAUUUCCCAUAUGUACUGAAAACUUAUCUCAUGGUGCUCUUUAUAGGUAUGUACUUUACCUACAGCCACCUGUACUCAGAAAGAAGAGAUGUCCUCAGAGUCUUUGCCCUCCAGAAGAAGAAAAUGUGAGGCUCAGCACUCCAGCGACAUGUCACAAGACGGGCCGGCUUGAUGAUUCAGCUUCAGCAAAUACAGCGGAGGAAGCAUUCUGCUGGGGAAAUACCUUGUGCGUGACACGAGAUCCUCCCUCGCGCAUCCCCCAAAGGCUCUGACACCUCGCUGGGUUCCUCACACACUGGAGUGGGGAAACGUGUACUCAGCACAACCUGCUUUUUACCAGAGCUUCGCCUUUUAUUCAAGUUACGUUCCUAACAUGUGAAGCGGGGUUAUUGGCCUGGAAGGUUAAGAAGAAAUAGGCGAGCAACUGGCAUAGAUUUAGUUAAAUUGGGAAACCCAAGUUGAUGACCUCACACGUUUAUUUUUAGCUCUUUCGAAGUUGUAGAGAUUUGUAGGAGGAGUGGGACGUAAAGCAGUUGUCCAGAAUAUUGUGCUUCACAGACUGAUGUCAUUAGCCACAUAGCUAAUCAUUCCAUUCCCACCUGAAGCAGUCGGCAAGAUUAGGAAGUUAUACAUUCAACUUUGAAAGAGCGUUCUAGAACAUCACGUAAGUUAUUUAGGCUUUGUUAUGUUAAGAGAGGACCUUGAUGAAAAUACCUUUGAGAAAUGAACAAGAAAUGCCUGGUUCCUUUCAGAAACCAGGGUGCACACUUCCCUUACAGGGCAACCAAAAGUAUGGAAUGAUAACCAUUCACGAUAGGUAAGGAAAUGAAGAGCUGGUGAUAUUUCAGAGUAUUCAUUAAUGAAUCUGUACCCCCAAUUGCUACCGAGUCAUCACUCUCAGUGUUGAAAACUGCUCUUUUCCUCGAAGCUCUGAAAUACAAUGUGAAAAAUUGGACCAAUUGGAUCAUUUACAUAUCAUCAGUGUAGCAUCCACUUUUCUUGAAAGAGAUUUUCUUACCCACUAACGAUAUAAAAACAUAAGUACAUUAUUUCCACAUGAAAACCAGGCAAUAAAAUUGUAACUCUAAACAA